AUGUCCCUCGGCCUUGAUUAUUGGCGCCAUCCGAGCGAGCGGGGCAAGUGGAGCCAGGCGGCGAAAACUCAUCGAACAUUCGUCGGCAGCAGCCUGAUUCCGAGAGCCGCUUGUCUCCGUCGCACUCCUGGGGCCAUCUCGUGGGUGCGAGAGAGACGGGGCGGCGAGGACGACUCUCGGAAUCGGUCUGCAGGGUCCUUGAAGGGUUCGCAGUGCGAUGGAGCCCCAAGCACGCCCCCAGGACCCACCGGGACCAGACUCGCAGCAAGAGUGGUGCCGCCGGCGUUCCCAGUGGUCAUCCCCGUCCUUGACCACGGCUUGCACCACCACCACCAUGCUGGGCAGCACCCGGCGCACCACCCGGCGCACCACGCGGCGCACCACGCCUGCCCCGGCCUGCAGCCCUGGCAGCACUGGCAGCCCUGGACUCCGGGCUGGCCGCAGGGCGGCGACUUCCAGGCGGCCUGGCAGGGCGUCCGGACCUUCCGCCCCGAGUCCUCGGACCCCAAGGCGGCGUCCUGGAGCCAGUUCGGCGCCGACCUGGACCGCUGGGUGCAGGACACGGCCGAGGCCGAGAGGGUGUUCGUCCGGCAGGCCGCCGAGGCGGGCAGGAGGCACCUGGACGCAGCCAUGGCCAAGGAGAAGAUGGAGUCCCUGUGGUCGCUGCUGGAGUGCACGCAGCGACUGCAGGUAGAGAGUCCGCGGUGCGUCCACGGCCACUUGACUGCUUGUGUUCACCCGUCUGUGGACUUCCAGGAGGACACGGACAGGCAGCUCAACUUCCUGGGUUGCGUCAUGCACGAGGCCGAGGCUUUCCUCGCCUCCUUGGAGUCCCUCGAGCAGGUGGAGGUGCCCGUGCUCAGCAGCAACCAGAAAUUCGACUUGUACUGUAUGAUGCUGGGCACCUACAAGAGCCUGCUGGCGGCCAAGGAGCAAGUGGGGCAGCUCGCAGACCUCGUCAACGCGGAUGCCUCCUCCAAAGGACCCAUGGAGCUCAUCAUCGACAUUCUGGAUUCCCAGGCCCACGCCCAGAGCAGAAUCCUCUCCAGGAUCACUCAAGUUCAAGAGAGUGCGGAAGUCGUCGGCAGUAUGCUGAUGCGCUUCAGGCAAGACUCUGACUGCAAGUGUUGGCCACCCGCACCAUGUUGCUGAAUUUCAAUGACUAAAGGGAAGGAGAGUUAAAAAGAAUUUCAAUAAAUUUUUGAGCACUCA